AUGGCGCUCUUUUUGUGUACAUUCGCACUGCUUUCCCUGGCCUCUGCCACUUCUCCAGUGGCUAAGCUGGGAUAUGCUAACUAUGAAGGCCGCUCACUUUCUACCGGUGUUUCCCAAUGGCUCGGCAUGCGGUUUGCUGCCCCCCCUGUGGGAGCGAGACGGUUUGCAGCGCCGCAAGACCCCUUGUCUGUAGCCGGAAUCCAGCAAGCGACCGAGCACGGCAGUAUAUGCAUCCCUACCGCAUCAAGUGAAGGGUCAGCAGUUCCAGCAGGAACCUCGGAAGAUUGCCUGUUCCUCGAUGUCUAUGCUCCUACUGAAGCAAUUGGAUCUAAGAAACUGCCCGUCUACUUUUUCAUUCAAGGUGGCGGCUUUGCCCAGAACUCAAAUCCCAAUUACAACGGAACUGGUCUAAUCGAAGCAUCUGGAAACAACAUUGUGGUGGUGACAUUCAACUACCGUGUUGGUCCAUAUGGCUUCCUUGCUGGAGAAGAAGUUGAAUCAGAUGCAAGCCUGAACAAUGGACUCAAAGACCAGCGAAAGGCCUUGCAGUGGGUUCACAAGCAUAUCAGCAAGUUUGGCGGUGAUCCCAAUCAUGUUGUCAUUGGCGGCGAUAGUGCAGGUGCUGCCUCAGUGACUCUCAUGCUGUCAGCGUAUGGCGGCAAAGAUGAAGGUUUGUUUGUUGCUGCUGCUGCUGAAUCACAGAGCUUUGCCACGAUGCUCAAUGUCACCGAAAGUCAAUUUGCAUACAACGAGCUUGCGAAGGCGACUGGUUGCAGCAGCAGCAAAAAUACACUAUCGUGCCUCCAAGGCCUCGACAUCAGCGCUCUACAAAAGAAGAACGUCAAUAGGCCCUAUCCUGGAGCACCAGGAAAUCCAUUAUACCUAUACGGUCCCACAAUUGACAACGACCUGGUCCCAGAUCAUACAUAUAGCCUAUUCCAUAAGGGCAAAUUCAUCAAAGUGCCAGUGAUAUUCGGCGACGACACGAACGAAGGCACAAUCUUCGUGCCUAAAAGCACCUCAAGUGUUGCCCAAGCUGAUGCAUUCAUCAAGGACCAGUUCCCAUACAUGACAAAAGCCCAAUUAUCCAAGAUCAACAGCAUGUAUCUCACCCAAGACCAAACAAAAACUUUUCCAAAUGCCGGAGACUACUGGCGCCCAGCCAGCACGGCCUACGGGGAAAUUCGAUACAUCUGCCCGGGAAUCGACAUGUCAACCGUGUACGCAAAAGCUGGAGUUCCAAGUUGGAACUACCACUACGCAGUCACGGACGCAGAGCACGAGAAUUCAGGAGUAGGCACAUCCCACACAAUCGAAGUGAACGCCAUCUGGGGUCCUGAUAAUACUGGCGGUGCACCAACUUCAUAUACUACCUCCAAUGCAGCUAUCGUGCCCCUAAUGCAGGCUUACUGGACGAGCUUUAUCAGGUCAUUGGAUCCGAAUAGGCAUCGAUUGAAGUCAAGUCCUGAAUGGCGGACUUGGGGGCAGGAUGGCGGACAUCAACGCAUCUUCAUUCGGACGAAUGAGACUAAGAUGGAGACUGUGUCCUCGGAUCAGAGAAGAAGGUGUGAUUAUUUGAUCAGUAUUGGAGUUGAUUUGCAUCAAUAG